AUGAUAUGUCUGGAUUACAAACCACUGACAGAAGGAGGAAGGGAAGGAACGCGAUAUUUUGCCAGUACUGCCCAGCCAGGCUACACGCCCCCGUGCUACAACACGGUACGGGACACGCUGAUGCCUGAUGCCCUGCAGGAGAUGAACGAUGGUCUGCGAGACCUACUGAAAAAAGGUGACGGUUUCGUGGUGUCAGCAGACAUUUGGACCAGCCGAAGGGGGCACAGCUUCCUAGCAAUUGUGGCCACCUUCAUUGAUGGGUCAUUCCGCGGACACACAUCAUUGCUGAGCUGUGACAACAUAAAGGGGCAUCACACCGCGGAACGGAUUUAUCAAAUAUACGAGAGUGUCCUGAAAUACUGGAACAUUGAAGGACGAGUAAUAAGGGUGGUCACCGACAGCGCCAGCAACAUGGUGAAGGCCUUCAACAUCUUGCCUGUGACGGAAGAGACCACGACUGGUGAUGACGAUGGCAGCGCUGAAUGUGACGAGGAGGAGGAUAUGCCUGCGCUGUCGCAGAUGGAAGUGGAUGCGGUUACAGCCAAUGCAGAAAACAUGAUAUACACCUACUUCACUGCCUCGAGUUUAUAUUUGAGAUGCCCUAUCCAUCUGCUUCAGCUGGCGAUCAAAGAUGCCAUUAGCGAGCACAGCAACGUCACCAGGCUGCUCGCCAAAGUCGGAAAUCUGACAGACCUCACAAACACCUUGCAGAAGGAGUUGGGGAACCUGGGGAUGAUUCUGCCCGCUGUCAGUGAAUUAAAAUCCCUGCUCACGAAGGAGGCUGCAUUGCCUAUGGCCAUCGCUGCCUUCAGUGAAACAUUGGCCAACAACACCACAGCUCGUUACAGUGGAUAUUACACCGACAAGCACUUACUUCUAGCGUCGGUACUGGAUCCACGCUUUAAAACGGAAUGGAUAAUUCGUGACGAGCAUGUAUGCAACAGGCUUGGGGAGAUCCGCGACCUCCUUGUGGAGGAAACUGAACGAAUGAACUCUCCUCUCGGAGCACCAAACCCGACACACACCUCAUCUGAAGCCCCUGAGUCUGAAGACUCUGAACCAAAAAAGUCACGACUGUUUGGGUCAUACUUCAGCGAGCAGCUGCGCACUCCUGAAGACGUCAAAGGAGAAGUGGAAAAAUUCCUUUCGACCCCACGGCAGAAUCCUGACACUGAUGUCAUUCAAUAUUGGAUGGAAAACUCCAAGCUAUAUCCCCGUCUGGUGAAAGUAGCUUGCGUCGUCUUCAGCAUCCCCAGUGGCUCUGCAAGCGUAGAGAGGGUGUUUUCUGCAGCCGGGUUGGUGUCCAGAAGUCACCGCACAAGCCUGAAGCCUGAAAUAUUGUCCAGACUGGUUCUACUAAAGGUGAACGCAAAAGAACUGUCCAGAUGA